AUUUGCCAAAAAAUAAAAAAUAAAAAAUAAAAAAUUUCGUAUUGCCAAGCCAAUCGUUCUUUUUUAGGUUUUUUCGUUCCAAUUUCCAUUACUUUUUUUAAAGAUUGAGAUCUUCGCUUUCGUUUGCCCUAACACGAAGCGAUUCAAAAUCCCAAAAUCCAUACAUCUCCAAACCCUAAAUUUUAAUCAAAAUUCUGUUAUUCUGUGUUUAUUUAUAUAUAUAUGUGUGUAUAUAUAUAUAUAUAUAUAUAAAAUUCAUUGGUAGCAAUUAGGAAUUAGGUGUUAGAGCCAAAUGUUUAGCUUUGUUUUAUGAAUCUGAAUUUUCCUAGGAAAAGUUUGUAUUAUUGAAAAUUUUCGUUAGGAUGUGGGAAAAUUUAGGAGCAUGAGGUUUUAUUGGGAAAAUAAUGAGGGGAGGGCCAUUGUGGGCCGACGAGGCCAAUGCUCCAUCAACCUCGACGACGCGAAUUCACCAGGCUGCAUCGUGUAAGCACAGAGCUAGCAAUGUAUUUAAACUCUUAGUUCGGAGAGAGGUUUCUCCUCAAUCAAAAUAUCAAUCAAAGAAGUUAUGGGGCGAAAGUUCUAAGUGCCGUCUGGAAUCAGCUAGGAGAAGAUGUGAAUCAGCUAGAGAUGCUAAACUAGGUCUCAUUUCAUGGGUGGAGGCAGAGUCAUUAAGGCAUUUGUCUGCCAAAUAUUGUCCACUCUUGCCUCCUCCAAGGUCAACUAUAGCUGCUGCCUUCAGUCCUGAUGGGAAGACACUUGCUUCUACUCAUGGGGAUCAUACAGUGAAGAUUAUUGACUGCCAAACUGGUAGCUGCUUGAAGGUUUUGAGUGGUCAUCGCAGGACUCCUUGGGUGGUUAGGUUCCAUCCAUUGUACCCAGACAUACUUGCAAGUGGAAGUUUGGAUCACGAAGUUCGAUUAUGGAAUGCAAAAACUGCAGAGUGUAUUGGAUCACGUGAUUUCUACCGUCCUAUUGCAUCUAUUGCUUUUCAUGCCCAAGGGGAGCUUCUUGCUGUAGCAUCAGGUCACAAGCUCUACAUAUGGCACUACAACCGAAGAGGGGAGACGUCGUCACCAACCAUUGUACUAAAGACACGCCGUUCACUUCGGGCUGUGCAUUUUCAUCCACAUGGCGCUCCAUUCCUUUUAACGGCAGAGGUCAAUGAUCUUGACUCAUCAGAUUCCUCAAUGACUCUUGCGACUUCUCCGGGUUACUUGCGUUAUCCUCCUCCUACUUUGUAUUUAGCUGAUGCUCAUUCUAUUGAUCGUUCUGGUGUGGCAGAUGGACUACCUCUUAUGUCAUUACCAUUUCUGAUUUUGCCUUCAUUUGCUAGAGACAAUGGGCGAAUAUCUAUGCACCGCACUGAUGCUGAUGCUGGUUCGAAUAGUGUCCAGCAGAGAGAAGAUCCUUCUGCUUCAGUGCGACUUCUAACAUAUUCAACUCCAUCAGGGCAGUAUGAACUUCUGCUGUCCCCUGUGGAGCCUAAUAGCUCCUCCCCGAUGCCAGAGGAAACAGGAGCUAAUGCUUCCACAAGUGAAAUGGAAACUGAAGUUUCUCAAUCUGCGAUGGAUACUUUAGAGCCUUCGGAAGUACAGCCUGAAGGAAGGACAAAUCCUAUUUUCCCUUUUGGUGAUCCAACAUAUUGGGAACUACCUUUUUUGCAAGGGUGGUUAAUAGGUCAGACCCAAGCAGGUCAACGCAACAUGCGGUCCCUUAGUAGUGCAGCUCAUGAAAGUCCUGCACAUGGUGACACACUGAGCACUGCUCAGACAUUAUCCUCAUUAAAUCCAACCAAUGUUAACCAACCUAGAGUUACUGGAAGACCUGGUUCAAGACAUCGUACUUCACGUUCUCGUAUGAUGUCCGUAGUUGGGUCUAGUGAAGGUGCUGGUAUCAAUAGUAUCAUGCAUGAUGAAGGUGAUCCUCAACCUGUUAGCAGAAUGCAAUCAGAGCUUGCCAAUUCGCUGGCUGCAGCGGAGUUACCUUGCACAGUGAAGCUCAGAAUAUGGCCUCAUGAUGUGAAAAGUCCAUGUGCUCCACUUGAUGCAGAGAAAUGUCGACUAACCAUUCCACAUGCUGUACUUUGUAGUGAAAUGGGAGCCCAUUUUUCACCUUGUGGGAGAUUUUUAGCUGCCUGUGUUGCAUGUGUGUUGCCUAAUCUGGAAGCUGACCCUGGCUUACAGAGCCAGCUUAAUCAGGAUGCUGCAGGUGCAGCAACUUCCCCAACUCGGCAUCCACUAUCAGCUCACAAAGUUGUGUACGAGCUUCGUAUUUAUUCUCUUGAGGAGGCAACAUUUGGUUCUGUUCUUGCAUCACGGGCAAUAAGAGCUGCGCAUUGUUUAACAUCUAUUCAAUUCUCCCCCACAUCAGAGCAUUUAUUACUUGCUUAUGGCCGUCGCCACGGUUCACUUCUUAAAAGUGUUGUCAUUGAUGGAGAGACAACAGUUCCUAUCUACACAAUUCUGGAGGUCUACAGAGUUUCUGAUAUGGAACUUGUUAGAGUUCUUCCUAGUGCAGAGGAUGAGGUUAAUGUAGCUUGUUUUCAUCCUUCUGUUGGAGGUGGCCUUGUCUAUGGCACUAAGGAAGGAAAGUUAAGGAUCCUUCAGUAUGAUAGUUCGAACGGCAUAAACCAUACAACAUGCGGAUUUCUUGAUGAGAACAUGCUUGAGGUCCCUACAUAUGCUUUAGAAUGCUAGAACUACCAAUUGCUAUCCACUCGUGAAAAGUGCAACUCAAUUUAGCUGUGUUGGAAUAUGAAUCACUGCCGUGCCAAUGUACGGGUUAUAUUUAUUCAAUCAAAGUUUGGUUUGGUUUCUGGACGAAUCCAUAAGGUAUCUGUUCCACAUGUGCAGCUGAUUACUAAACCGGCGUUCUUGUCCUCGUCAUGGUGAAACCCGUCAAUGGUUCGGUUUGAAAAUACGAGGUUGUAGUUUUGUUUGUUGUUUCUGGUAGGAGUACAAUGUUGUCUACACCAUUAGGAAAUUGAUCUAACUCGACAGACUAUCAGUCAGAUGAAGCAAAAUGUGUCGAGAAUGAAGUCAUUUGUAAUGUUUUGCUCAUCUAGGUUCCGUUCCAUCCAAAGAUUGUAAGAAAUGUAAUUGAUUCCUUUUUUCCUUUUUUAUUUUGUUUUUUUCCCCUUCGAACAUUUUGACAUGGCAUUAUUUUUUCCCUGCCCAAAUAUAUCACCUAUAUUGUAAAAAAGAAAAAGAAAAUGUCUUGCUGAUUUGUUUACCUUUUUA